AUGAAACUCGUCGGAUUCAUCUCGCUGCUCGUGUUAGGCAUGUACGUGCUGUCAGACUGGCUCUAUGUCAACGUCCUACCCCACAGGUACAUCUUCGAUAACCAAGAGGUCAUGGAUAUGGUCAAUACAUCUCUGGAGCGAAAUCCAGGAGGUAAUGCCACCGAAAUCAUGAUAGACCUUGGAGCUGCUCUCAAACAGCGAUACGGCAAGUACAUCAACGAGCUAGAUUUUGACAACUGGGUCUUCAAUAACGCCGGGGGAGCAAUGGGCUCUAUGUUUGUGCUCCAUGCCUCCAUCAGCGAAUACCUCAUUUUUUUUGGAAGUGCUGUGGGUACCGAGGGUCACACCGGUGUGCAUUAUGCUGACGAUUAUUACAUGAUGCUCACUGGCAAGGAGGUAUGUCAUACUGCCGGUAAGAUGGAGCCCGAGGUGUACCUUCCUGGUUCUUCUCACCAUCUGGUUCGAGGCCAGGUUAAGCAGUACGGCAUGCCUCCUGGAUCGUGGGCUCUGGAGCUGGCUCAGGGCUGGAUUCCUGCUAUGCUGCCUUUCGGAUUCCUCGACACCUUCACAUCCACUCUGGAUGUGGCUACUCUGUGGAAGACUGUCCGUAUCUCAGCCUUUAACAUGGGACGAAACAUGUUAUGGGGUAAGAUCUGA